GCAGAAAUCCCAAAGCAGAGAGCUCUUGGAAGCAGCAGAAACUGCAGUCAAGCAGAAAAACAUUUGCUUCCUCACGGAGCCAAGAACAGAAAACACAAAUCACUUCACCUCUGCCUUCUGCACUGUCUCUUGGAAUGGAAACAAAAUUGAAAACCUGCUGACACAGAAUCCCGCAGCACUAAGGAUAAAGCAGCCGUUUCUCGAGCAGCUCACUCAGGAUCUUUUGGGAGAGUGGGCAUUGCAGCGUGCAUUGAGGUGCAUUCGACCUGGAUGUGUGCACCUAAGGACCCUUAAAAUAAAUACCAAGCAUAAAGCCUGGAGAGGUUGUGACAGAAUGUCUUCUGAAAGCUUUCUGAAGGAAAUUCAAGCCAUUGGUGAGAAGUUUCUCCUUAAGCUCCAGAAACUGCCCAAGGCUGAUCCAGUGGAGAUUGCCAGCUUUUCUGUGGUUCUUCUGUUUAUUGUUACUGUGCUGGUGCUCACGGUCAUUGCCUGCAGUUGCUGCUGCUACAGCUGCUGUGGCUGUGAUGGACGCCCUGACCCCAGACACAAGAAGAGCCGAGUCCGCCCAGCCGCCCGUUCAUGAAGUGACCCAGCCUGCUGUCAAGGACAUGCAUGGACAUCAUGAUUCAGUGCUAUGGGAAUGACUUUCCACGCUAGCCCACUGAAAAUGGCAAUAACAAUAUUAAUUAACAUGACUCAGAGGACCAGAAAUCACAGCGUGGAAUUCCUUCUCUCUGUGACAGCCACUACUGUGACCAGAAAGGUAAAGCUCCUUUGCCAUCGCUGUCUCCCUCUUCUGGGCAGGUGUGGGGUGGGAGGGCAUGGACACAGAUUGCUGAGAAAAGAGACAGCUUUCCCAAAGACAGCACUGCAGCUGGGCCAGCUGAGGAUCUCCUCUGGGACACAGAGCCAUGGAGCAAAGCAGAGGACACACACACAGCCACACACGAGGCACUGCCUGCUCUCCUCACCAGUGGCUAAUCCAGAAGGAUGGUGCUGGGCAUUAGCAAAACCCACUGACACCACUGGGACGUCCAAUUGCUCAGGUCAUUGUGGAUCAAGGCCAAACCUGCUGCAGGACACACGUUUAGCUGAGUUAUCUGCUGAAAACAACAAAUGGUGGACCUUCUGAUCCAGGUGUGCCAGCUGAGGCUCUGAGUACAGCUGGUAACAACUGCCCCGGGGUCAUUUCAUUGGUGAUACAAUGAUGGGAAAUUGCCAAAGAAAGAAACUGAUCAUGUGGAAUACCCUUUGUUAACAGAAGGAUGAAGGCAAAAGGCUCACCAAUCCUAUGGCUCAUUUUGACCAUUCUCUGCUCCCCAUGCUCCCUCUCCACCCCCUGUGGUUCUAUUCUUCUGCUUAUUGCAGAUGCACGGUUCUUGCAGAGCAUGGGAGCUCCAGGAGAUUAACAAAUCCCUAUCCUUACUUGAGUGCCUGACUCCCUGCACUGUGUGCAGUUUAUUUUAGUGGACAUGAACAUGAUGCCAGGGGUGUGUUUAUGAGCAUGCACAGAGGCAUUUCAGAGGAGUGCCACAUGAUGGGAACCAUCACUUCAGGGUACGUGUGCAGGCAGCAGCUGACAGCGGGCACAGUGACAGAGCAGAGCCAAGAAUGGGCUGUUAGGCUGGAGUUAACAAGUGCAAAUAAAUCCCUUUUCCAUGCUGCAGCCACUGUGUAUGUUUGGUUUACACUCUGGUGAACUUCCGAAAGGGAUUUAUGGAUGUACAAGGCUGUGGCACAGGCUGCGACUUCCACAACUGGGACAGCACAAGAAAGCCACGAUUCUGCACUAAUCUCUGAACCACUCUACACUUGGGGUGUUUCAGCCCCAAAUGGGAGACCAACCCCCUUUGUGAGAAGGUGUAAAAAAUUACAUGCAUACAGAGAAGUCAUCUUCUGCCUCUGUACCCCAACUAAGUGUGUGUACCAAAGCCAACAUCUAGCUAGGGAGAGCAGAAUCAUCAAGUCUUUAACAGUGGGCUUUAAAAUACUCUUUACACUUCAGAAGGUACAGAAAAUAAAGAAAACUCUGCAAAGAAAUGUAUUUUCUCUGUUGCCUGCACCCAUAUUAGUAAAAGGCACAUUACAUCAGCUUCUUAUAUAUUUAAUGCACUUUAUUUUUUGCCGACAAACUGGAUCUAGGUAUUUGGCAUUUUUGUACUGCUGCACAUUGGAAUAUAUCUGCAGCCAGAGACACAGUGAAUAGUCUAAGAAUUGUAAGAAAAAUAAAAUUCCUGAAACUA